AUGGAACUAAGCAGCCGAUUACUAUCGCUCGUCUUCACAGUCGGCUUCCUGUCAUCGAUCACACUUCCCACGGACGCUUCCUUUGCGCCACUAACGCUGGACGGCUGGCCGUACUCGUUCCCGCUCGGUCCCUGGCAUGAUCUUUCGCAGGCGUCAAGGUUCGCACCUCCCGUCCCGAUCAUUCCGGUAGUCGCCGGAAGCCUGGCUGAGUAUCCCGGCGCCAUCGCCGUGAUGGCAACGCGAGGUUCCAUACACAUCGCUCCCCUGCCCGGACACUCCGUUUCACAGUUCCACUACAACCUGGACGCACCACCGGGAACGUACUAG